UACCACUGAGCGCGCAUCGUCGAAAUGUGCAAUCCGUGCGUCGUCAACUACGACUUCGUCGGCAAAUACGAGACGCUGCGCGACGACAGCGCCGAGCUGCUGCGGCGGACGGGUCUGGCGGGGAGUCUCACGUUUCCGCAGAGAAACACGACGAUCUAUUACAAGGCGACGAGCGGAGAGGAUCGCCUCCUGCGCAAGAACUACAGACAUGGGCCGCUCAGCCUCGGCCGACGACUGUACGAGAAGUACGAGUCGGAUUUCUUACUCUUCGGUUACAGUUUUCACGAAGAGUGGUUCGCACGCCGCUCGUAGCCACAGUAGGUGUACCGCUCGUAGCCGCGGUGUACAUGUGUGUUGCAGAGGAGCAAUUGCACGGCAUUUACAGGAAA